GUAUCAUUCCUCCUGUCCAGACAGCACAACGCCACCCAGUCACCCGUCGCACCUUUCCUUAAACCAGCAAACUGCUUAAUGCUACCGCCGACCGUGACCACUUCAUUUUCCGUUUUGCGUUGCCUGUGACGAUGGUUUCCUGCUCGUUCGCUGCUUUGGCGGUCGCCGCCGUUCUGGUAUUACAAGUUGAUGCACACAGCUACAUGAUCGACCCCAUGCCCACGUGGCCUGUGUCCUGGGCUACCAACAACUUCGCGGCAACCAUCGCAGGUCAAACGUAUCUGCCGGUCCCAGAUGGCAUGUCCUAUUCGACGGCACCGGAGCUCAACACAGAGGCCUACUGGACAGCUUUCAACGAGAGCUCGUAUACUUCUCUCAAGGACCUGGUGGACAAGACGGGCGAGGUACAGACGCUGUCGCCCUUCGGCACGGCCACCUUGGAGUGCGGCUUCUCACUCGCCAACGGAACGGCACGCGACCUGCCGUCCGAGUACGUCGAGUGGAACCAGCUCACUGAGGGCCACGACGGUCCGUGCGAGGUCUGGUGCGACGACGUCUUGGCCUUCGAAGACGACAACUGUGCUGUCAACUACCCGGAGUCUCCGUCUAAAUGGCCGUACGAUGUAUCCAAGUGUUCGGGUGCCUCACGGCUCACAGCCUACUGGAUCGCCCUCCACGGUCUCCCGUGGCAAGUCUACAUUAACUGUGUCCCACUGACAGGAUCUGUAAACGGCACCACGACGGCUACUAGCUCGUCGACGGGGUCCAACUCUACCCCGACGGCCACUGCAGCUCCUACAUCCACGACGGCUACUACCAGUGCACCUGUCAGCGCAACUGCAGCUCCGUCAGCUACGGACGCCUCCACCGCUGCUGAAGCGGAGGACUCCGAGUGCGGCUCUCUAGAUAUCGCAGGGUCUGACGAAUCAGACUGUGGCUCUCUUGAUGUCGCUGGAUCGGAUGAGUCCGACUGUGGCUCUCUCGAUGUUGCAGGGGACGACACGGACUCGACCGGCACUUCGACCGACACAUCGACCGGCACGUCGACCGGCACUUCGGCUAGCACGUCUACAGGCACUUCAACGUCGACUGGUACCUCAGAUUCGACUUCGAUCACAACGACGUCGUCGGUAGCGGGUGAAUCUGACUCGGAUGAAGUGGCUGGAGAAGCAGAGACAGCUAGUAACGUCGAAGACUCGGAGUGCGGGUCGCUCGAUAUUGUCGAAGAAGACUCGGAGUGCGGGUCGCUGGAUAUUGCCGAAGAAGACUCAGAGUGUGGGUCUUUUGAUAUAGCUGAGGACUCGGAAUGCGGCUCUCUCGACAUGGCUGAGAGCGCUGAAUCCGACGAACAGUACACGGGCUCCACAACCGGUAUCGAUUUCAGUACUCUACAAGGUGCUAGCACCGCCGGCACGGUAUCACCCCAAGUUUAAAGAGCAGUAGAAAAGGGAUGUUUGUCACUAGUCGACGUAGUGUAGUGUUUAACAACUCGGUGCCAAUGUAUUCACAUGUCAACUAUGGUGGAUGUGAGAGUAAAAAAAGUAAAUGCUCACCAAAAAAAAUUGCAGCUCGGC